AUGACAACUAAAUACAUUAUGCAUGUGCUAUCUUUGGUAGUAAUUCUAGCCUGCAUUCAUGGAACGCACGAGGUUCAGUACACUGUCACCAACACAGCAUCAACAACUGCUGGUGGUGUGCGUUUCAAUCAAGAAAUAGGCGCAGCCUACGCCAAGCAAACACUGAAAUCUGCCACACAAUUCACAUGGAGGGUGUUCCAGCAAAAUGGUCUUGCUGACAGGAAAAAGGUGGAAAAAGUGAGCUUGAUUGUGGAGGAGAUGGAUGGAGUCGCAUAUGCCACCAACAAUGAGAUUCAUCUAAACGCAAAAUAUGUUGGAAGCUAUUCUGGGAAUGUAAAAACAGAGAUUACAGGUGUUCUGUAUCAUGAAAUGACUCACAUAUGGCAGUGGAAUGGGAAUGGACAGGCUCCUGGGGGACUCAUUGAAGGAAUAGCAGAUUUUGUGAGGUUGAAAGCUGGCUAUGCACCCCUUCACUGGGUUAAACCAGGCCAGGGACAGAGAUGGGACCAAGGUUAUGAUAUUACAGCUUAUUUUCUUGACUACUGUAACACUCUCAAAAAUGGUUUUGUAGCACAACUCAACAACAAGAUGAGGGAUGGCUAUAGCAGCCAAUACUUUGUUCAGCUUCUCGGUAAGAAUGUUGAUCAGCUGUGGAAUGACUACAAGGCCCAAUAUGCCAAUUAG